AUGUCACAUGAGCGGAGUCUGUCUCAGGCGCAGGAAGCCUCUCUCCAGGUCAUGCACCCUACAUCAGUGGAGGGCGUGGACGACAUGAUAAAACUGGGGGACAUGACUGAGGCGGGCCUUCUCCGAAACCUGCAGCUUCGUCACAAACAAGGAAUCAUCUAUACCUACAUAGGUUCAGUAUUGGUUGCAGUGAACCCAUACCAGGACUUUCCUAUAUAUUCAGCAGAGCAGGUGAGGUUGUACCAUGGUCAAAAGCUUGGGGAACUUCCUCCUCACAUCUUUGCCAUUGCUGAAUCCUGCUACUUUAACAUGACACGGCAUCUCAGGAACCAGUGCUGCAUCAUCAGUGGAGAGACAGGAGCUGGGAAGACAGAGAGCACCAAAUUGAUCCUGCAGUAUUUGGCAGCAGUCAGUGGUGAACGCUCUAAACAGACGAUGGAACAACAGAUUCUCGAGUCCAACCCAAUACUAGAAGCUUUUGGAAAUGCUAAAACAAUCCACAACGACAACUCCAGCCGCUUUGGGAAAUAUUUGGAGAUCUUCUUCACGAAAGAGGGACUGAUCAAAGGUGCUCGAGUGGAGCAGUAUCUGCUGGAGAAGUCUCGUGUCUGCCAUCAGGCACUGGGGGAGCGAAACUACCAUAUAUUUUAUUGCAUGCUGGCAGGAAUCUCAGCAGAGCAGAGGAAAAGUCUGAGUCUGAAGGAUGCUAAAGCAUACAAAUUCCUCACUAAGGGUGACUGCGUUGCGUGUGAAAGUAAGGACGAUGCCAAAGAUUACCGACAUAUUCAUUCUGCUUUGAAAAUACUCACCUUCUCUGAAAGCCUGUGCCACGACAUCUUUAAGUUGCUGGCGGCCAUUUUACACCUGGGGAAUGUAUGCUUUGAGGCAACCACUCAAAAUAACCUGGAAACCAGUGAUGUCAGCAAGUCAAAACAUUUCACCGUGGCAGCAUCUCUUCUGGAGGUGCAGACGUCUUCUCUGGCGACUAGUUUGACCAACCGUUCCUUUCAGACCAACAGAGAGAGCGUGACAAAGCCCCUCUCCUCUGAACAGGCUGCUGACUGCAGAGACGCCUUCGUCAAGGCUAUCUACAACAAGCUGUUCAUAUGGAUCGUUGACAAAAUCAACAGUGUCACGUACCAGAGGUUGAUCAACACGGUCAAGUCUUCCUACCAGUCCAUCGGCCUGCUUGACAUCUUUGGCUUUGAGAACUUCAGCACAAACAGCUUUGAGCAGCUGUGCAUUAACUUUGCCAACGAGAGGCUCCAGCAGUUCUUCGUGGGUCAUAUCUUCAAGCUGGAGCAGGAGGAGUACCUGAAAGAGGACAUUGUAUGGAACAACAUCGACUUCAGCGACAAUCAGAACAUCCUGGACCUCAUGGCGGAGAAAACCUGUAACGUGCUGGCUCUGAUCGACGAGGAGAGCCACUUUCCAAAGGGCUCCGAUGCCACAAUGCUGAGCAAGAUGAACGGGCAGCACAGCGGAAACAAGAGCUACAUCUGCUCAAAGCGUGAACAUGAUACAAUCUUUGGGAUUCAGCACUUUGCAGGUGUUGUUUACUAUGACUCCAAAGGUUUCCUGGAGAAGAACAGAGAUGUGGUCAGCUAUGACUUAAUCAAGACAGUUAAAUUGUCCACCAAUAAGCUACUUCAUCAGAUAUUUGAGGCCGAGCUUUCCACCAGUGAGGUCAAAAUGUCAAACAACAAAAAGGUCAUCCUGACGCCCAAGAGCUCUUUGCGGGCCAAGAUGGACAAACGUAAACAAGCGCCGACGCUGAUCGGCCAGUUCCGUCAGUCCUUGGACUCGCUCAUGAAGGCUCUGUCGGCCUGUCAGCCUGCUUUCAUCCGCUGCUUCAAACCCAACAGUGACAAAGAGUCUCAGGUGUUUGACAGACGGCUGUGUUGGCUUCAGCUGAGGUACUCUGGCAUGAUGAGCACCAUCCGCAUACGGAAGUUAGGCUUCCCAAUUCUCCACACGUUUGAGGAGUUCCUCAAACGUUACUGGGUUCUCCUGAGGACGACGCGCUGCGACCCCAAAACUGAGACAGCUGCUGCCUGCUGUGAAGCCAUCUGCAACACAGUGAUUGAAAAGAAGGGUGAUUGGAAAAUAGGCAGGACCAAGAUUUUCCUGAAGGAUGCUCAUGAUGUGAUGCUGGAGCGACUGAGGGAAGAGGAACUCAACGGAAUAGUUGUGGUGAUCCAGAGGUUCAUGCGUGUACACAAAGACAGAAAGUCUUUCCUGAGGAAACGAAGGGCAGCUGUGGUGUUACAGAGGCACUGGAGAGCAAACAGGGGAGACGACAAGCGAAAAAAGGUCUAAUGUUUAAUCCGUGCAUGUAUUUGAUUAACUUCUUCAAGUACAGUCUCUUUUCUUUUUCCUUUCUUAUGCAUUGUUUGCACUCUUUUCCAGUUCCUGUACCAACAACAGUGUGCUGCUGCUCUCACCAUACAGACACAGGUGCGAGGCUACCUCGUGAGGAAACGCUUGAAGCAAAAGAGAGAGGCCGUCAUCCUGCUGCAGGCUCACACCCGAGGAUUCCUGGCCAGAAGGGCAGUGGGAAAAAUGAGUAAUGAUUAUGAGAGCUGGGAAAAUAUAGCACUGUCGCUUCAGCGAGGACUGGAAGACCUUAUCGAGUCUCAGCUAGAGAAUGAGGAGCGAGAACUUGACACUGAACAUUUCUUACCUGCACCUGCUUUGGAAGUGGUGCAAGAAGAAGCAUCAGAUUCAGACAAGAGUGAGCAGAGGCGGGACACGCCAGAGCCAGUAGUGCCAGAUUUGGAUCCAUCUACCUCAUCGAGUGAGGACGAUUCUGCCGAGUUUGAUGACGAAAACGACGAGUUUUCAUUCUCCAAAUUUAGCCUCCAACACUUCCAGGGCAACACUAAUCACAAGCACAUCACCCAGAGACUCAAGCAGCCCCUGCUGCGCCACGAUGAUGAGGGAGAUGCGCUGGCGUGUCUGACCGUGUGGUGGAUUAUUCUGCGGUUCAUGGAGGACAUCCCAGAACCAAUAUCUCAAACAUUCACCUCCAUGUUGUCCCAGAAGCAGAGCAGGGGGCUGAGCACUUUGGUGGGACUCGAGCAGAAAAAAAUGAAGAAGGCCAAGAAAAAGCUGCGAGGUGGAAUCAGAGGAGCGUCUGUCCUACCUGACGAGCCAGAGAACGGGACGGAAGACGGACACAUUUUAAUCGGAGAAGGUCCGACACUGGAUCGGCCUCUUUCGCCCCUGGAGAAAGUGCACAUCAUCGUUGGAUACGCUCUGUCGAGACAAGACAUACGAGAUGAGAUUUACUGCCAGAUCUGUAAGCAGCUGGUGAACAACAACAACAGGAAGAGCCGUAUGCUGGGCUGGACCCUCCUUUCCAUCUGUCUCGGGAUCUUCCCUCCAACAGAGCGAUUCAUCAAGUAUUUGAAGAGUUUUGUCAGCAGAGGGCCAAGUGGUUAUGGAGCAUAUUGUACUGAGCGUCUGCGUCGUACAGUCGCCAAUGGCGGAAGAAAAGAGUUGCCAUGCUGGAUUGAGCUCCAGGCUGCCAAAUCCAAAGAGCCCAUAGAUGUGUCUGUGAGUCUGAUGGAUGACCGAACUGUCGCUCUGCAUCUGGAUUCAGCCUCCACUUCCGCUGAAGUCUGUCAAGCCGUGGCUGACAAGACUGAUCUUACAGACACUUACGGAUUCUCCUUGUACAUCAGCUUCUGUGAUCAGAUGUGGUCUUUGGGCAGCUGUGGCAAGCACGUGCUAGAUGCUGUUUCUCAUUGUGAGCAGGAGAUGAAGCAGCGGGGGCAACAGGAGAAAGACGCCAACUGGAUUCUCUCCAUCCGCAAGGAACUGUUCACACCGUGGCACGACUGCUCAGUAGAUAUGAUCAGCACAGAUCUAAUUUACCGGCAGGUCAUCAAGGGAAUCAAGUCAGAAGAGUACGUCAGUGAGAAGGAGGAUGAUUAUAUCCAGCUGGCAGUGAAGCACUAUUACAUUCAGUUUGGCUCUGCACACAGCGAAGAGAACGUCCAGAAGGUGGUGGAGGGGUGCAUCACCACCACACUUAUUGAGAACAAAUCUAUGGCCAAAUGGAUCCAACUCAUUGGAUCAGCUCUUUUACAGGGUCCGUACGCCACCGGGAUACAGAGCAGAAACCACGUCAAAGGAGAAUUUGUCGACUGUGCCCGAGAAAAAUGGCCGCUUAAGUUCUCCAUGUUUUAUGAAGUCAUAAUGAUGUCAGGACCUCAUUUUCCCAAACGCAGGUUUACUGUGGCUGUAAACUGGGUAGGCAUCGUCUUUAUGGAUGGAAGGAAGACACUGUUGGACUUUCCUUACCAUGAAGUAAAGGAAUUCCAAAGGAUAAGUGAGGGCCACACCGACGGCCAGUCAGUGAGUUUGGCCACAGUGCAUGGAGACUUUGUCCUGAAGUGUGAACAAGCUGUGGAAAUGGGUACGCUUAUAGAGAAUACACUGGAGGGCCUGAGACACCGGUCAGUGUACGCACUGGCUAAGCAGGAUUUCAGUAGACCAGAUGACCCCGUGUUCCUGGUUUGUAGACGAGGUGAUCUGCUGCUGGUAGAAAAAGAUAAAGGUUAUUCUACCGAGGAGGACUGGAUCAGAGCAACUAACCAGACUACACCUGGUACCGGUGUAGUCUUAAAGGAAGUGGUGCAGUUUCUUCCCAUUCUCACCAGGCCUACUGACAAGAUGCUGGAACUGCUCAGUCCAAGCUGGAAGAAACAGUUACCUGCACAAAGCGUCCAACAGAGGGAUGAAUCAGUGGUGCCGGUCUCAUUAAAGGACUUUGCUCUGGAGAACUUUAGGCCUGCGGGUAAAGAUGGUCGACAGGGUGCAGUCAAAGGCCUGAAUCGAGAGAAACUGUGGGUUUAUUCAAGAGACCCUCUGAAGCGGCCGCUGCUGAAGAGUCUGCUCAACAACUCUGAACUCAACAUUUUGGCCUGCAACGCCUCCACUGCUAUCCUGAAAUAUAUGGGUGACUACCCCAUUAAACUUGCUCGCAGCCCUGUGGAUCUGACAGACCAGAUCUUUGGUGCGGCCACACAGCAUGAAGCCCUGCAGGAUGAGAUCUACUGCCAGAUUAUGAGACAGAUGACCGGCAACAACAACAGGUUGAGUGUGGAGCGUGGGUGGGAGCUGAUGUGGCUGUGCUCAGGCUUGUUCCCGCCCAGCCCCAUUUUGAUUAAACAUGCUCAGUGCUUCCUGGAGUCAAGGCCCAGAGCCCCGCUGGCUGCCGUGUGCCUGCAGAGGGUGCAGGAGAUGCGCAGGAAGGAGCCAAGGAAGCUUCCUCCCCAUCUGGUUGAGGUGGACGCCAUCCAAAAGAACAGCACCCAGAUCUUCCACAAAAUUCAUUUCCCAAACGACACGAAUGAAAUAUACGAGGUAACGUCAACAACAUCCAACAAAGACCUGUGCAGCAGUAUUGCCUCUCAGCUCAGGCUGAGCUCAGAUGAUGGAUACAGUCUCUUCCUAAAAACACCAAACAAGAUCACAAGCUUGGAGGAGCAGAAAUAUUUCUUUGACAGUUUAAAGCAGACGUCAGACUUACCGAAGAAAGUGAAGAAAGCGAAAGAAGGCAACCCAGCCAACAUGCCCUUCCUGGUGAUAUUUAAGAGGAAGCUGUGGUUCAAUGUGAUUCCUGGGAAAGAUCUGGUCGCUGACCUCACCUUCCAUUUCCCACAGGAGCUGUCCAAGUACUUGCAGGGAUACCACAGCUGCACCAAAGAGGACAUGAUCACUCUGGCUGGGCUGCUGUUCAGGUGCAAAGUAGACUCAGACCGGUCACAGUUUGUCAUGAUUCCCAGGAUGCUGAAGGAGCUGAUUCCUGCUGACCAGUUCAAAAUCAUGUCCACUGAAGAAUGGAAGAAGCACAUUAUCUCCUCUUACAACAAGCAGAGUGGCAUCACGGUGCAGGAGGCCAAAAUUGCCUUCCUGAAAGCCAUUUCCAGUUGGACAACAUUCGGCUGUGCCUUCUUUCAAGUUAAACAAACGUGUGAAUCUAGUUACCCAAAUACGGUUCUGAUUGCUAUCAGCAAGCAAGGUGUCAGCCUCAUAGACCCGGACAACAAGACGCUGCUGGUCAUGCACCCGUUCACCCGCAUCACCGCCUAUCACAGCAAAGACAGCUCCUUCGUCAUGACCACAGGCACCGCCGUGAGGGGAAACAUAUUUGUCUGUGAAACCUCACAGGCGCACACAAUGGAGGACCUUCUUAGAUCAUACGUCAGCAUGUACGAGAGGCAGCGGCAGGCAUUUAGACCGAGACUAAACUUAAUGUUUACUUGAGAUAUAGUGAAGUUUUGACUCUGAUAAAACUGUUGAUUGAUUUCAUUACAUUUGAGUAUUUAUAUGCUGUCGCUGGCAGAAUUAUCUCUAAUACAGAUUACAAUGUUUUAUUGUCUCGAUUACAAGUAUUAACCUGUACCACUGUGAGAAUGGGUGUGUGUUGGUCCGGAUUUCAGAUUUAUAUAAAUUCUACGGUAUUUAACAUCAAUAUGUCCAACCAAGAGAGAGCAAUGAUUUUUUUCUAAUUCUAAAGUUUGACUCACCACACUCUUGUUCAAUUUUAAGAUCAAGAAAACGUUUACUUUUAAAGCAUAUGUAAAAAGGUUAAAAAGAAAUGAUACAAGGUAUGUUGAAAAAGCCCUCACAUCUGUCUGAAAAUGUUCCUCCAGUGUAAUUUAACACUAAAGCAUUUUAUGUUUAUUGAUAAUGGUGAUUUUAUUGCACGUGAAGAAGGAACUAACUGUUGAUUGACAUGAUAUGCUGUGACUGAUGUUGCCAUUGGAUUAAGGGGGCUUUUCAUUCAGCCCAAUAUAAAUGAUUUUGUUUGUAACAGUGGAGUUGUUUCUGUUCCAGUAAAGUAUUCAGAAACCCCCCCAAAAAACAUUAGCAGCCAACAGCACACAAAGAAAUGGGUCAAGUGGAGCUGAAGUAAGUUUCACAACAUCCCUUUGACAAGUUAUGCAGGAGCUACAGCAGGUUUGAUUAAUGACAUGAACCGUGGCUGCACUACAUUUAGCUUUGGCACAUUCAGGAUUCCAGUGCUGUGGUUCUUUUGUAUACGUUUGCAUGGUUUACUGGGACAGCUGAAUAUAAUUGGGGCUGUAAUUAGUGUGAUUUGUGGCAGGUCUAAACCGUCUGUUGUGAAGAAGGCAGAAAUGACAGGGCAGAUUUCUCUCUAUUUAUAGUACAUCGACACUUUUUUUUACCUAAACACAGUUUAGAAACCCAAUUUCUUCAUGCCUUUUAGCAAAUAGAGGAAGAUGGAACACUGCAUACAUAUUUCCAUUAUUCAAGUGGUAUUGCUGCGUGCAUAAUGAACGUGAUGAGUCUAUUUGACUUCACAAUGUUUUGCCUCAACAAAAAUAAAUUUGAUGACAUGAUUUCAAUAGAAAACAAUGUCUCACUUAUCA